AUGGACGUGGACGUGGACGUGGACGUGGACGUAGAAAUGGACGUGGACGUGGACGUGGACGUUGACGCGGACGUGGACGUGGACGUGGACGUCGACGUGGACGUGGACCUGGACGUUGACGUGGAUCUGGACGAGGACGUGGACGUGGACGUGGAGGACAUGGACGUGGACGUGGACGUGGACGUGGACGUAGAAAUGGACGUGGACGUGGACGUGGACGUGGACGUGGACGUGGACCUGGACCUGGACCUGGACAUUGACGUGCACGUGGACGUGGACAUGGACGUGGACGUGGAGGACAUGGACGUGGACGUGGACGUGGACGUUGACGUGGACGUGGACGUGGACGUGGACAUGGACGUGGACGUGGACGUGGACGUGGACGUGGACGUGGACGUGGACCUGGACGUGGACGUGGACGUGGACGUGGACGUGGACCUGGACGUGGACGUGCACGUGGAGGUGGACGUGGACGUGGACGUGGACGUGGACCUGGACGUGGACGUGCACGUGGAGGUGGACGUGGACGUGGACGUGGAUGUGGACCUGGACGUUGACGUGCACGUGGACGUGGACCUGGACGUGGACGUGGACGUGGAGGACAUGGACGUGGACGUGGACGUGGACGUGGACGUGGACGAGGACGAGGACGUGGACGUGGACGUGGACGUGGACGUGGACGUGGACGUGGACGAGGACGUGGACGUGGACGUGGACGUGGACGUGGACCUGGACGUGGACGUGGACGUGGACGUGGACGUGGACCUGGAAAUGGACGUGGACGUGGACGUGGAGGUGGACGUGGACAUGGACAAGGACGUAGAAAUGGACGUGGACGUGGACGUGCACAUGGACGUGGACGUGGACAUGGACAUGGACGUGGACGUGGACAUGGACGUGGACGUAGAAAUGGACAUGGACGUGGACGUGGACAUGAACGUGGACGUAGACGUGGACGUAAACGUGGAUGUAGACGUGGACGUGGACAUGGACGUGGACUUGGACGUGGACGUGGACAUGGACGUGGACAUGGACGUAGACGUGGACGUGGACGUGGACAUGGACGUGGACGUGGACGUGGACGUGGACUUGGACAUGGACGUGGACAUGGACGUGGACGUGGACGUGGACGUGGACGUGGACAUGGACGUGGACAUGGACGUGGACAUGGACGUGGACGUGGACAUGGACGUGGACGUGGACGUGGACGUGGACGUGGACGUGGACGUGGACAUGGACGUGGACCUGGACGUGGACUUGGACGUGGACGUGGACUUGGACGUGAACGUGGACAUGGACGUGGAAAUGGACGUGGACGUAGAAAUGGACGUGGACGUGGACGUGCACAUGGACGUGGACAUGCACGUGGACAUGGACGUGGACGUGGACAUGGACGUGGACGUAGAAAUGGACGUGGACGUGGACGUGGACAUGGACGUGGACGUAGACGUGGACGUGGACGUGGACGUAGACGUGGACAUGGACGUGGACGUGGACGUGGACAUGGACGUGGACAUGGACGUGGACGUGGACGUGGACGUAGAAAUGGACGUGGACGUGGACGUGGACGUGGACAUGGACGUGGACGUAGACGUGGACGUGGACGUGGACGUGGACGUGGACGUAGAAAUGGACGUGGACGUGGACGUAGAAAUGGACAUGGACGUGGACGUGGACGUGGACAUGGACAUGGACAUGGACGUGGACGUGGACAUGGACGUGGACGUGGACGUGGACAUGGACGUGGACGUGGACGUGGACGUGGACGUGGACAUGGACGUGGACUUGGACUUGGACGUGGACAUGGACGUGGACAUGGACGUGGACGUGGACGUGGACGUGGACAUGGACGUGGACGUGGACGUGGACGUGGACACGUGGACGUGGACGUGGACAUGGACGUGA